AAUUACCCUUUUCGGUGGUCAUUACAUCCAAGCACUGUGGACAUUUUCGUCCAAAGGGAGACGGACAUUUCUUUUGCGUGAAAGCAAAGUCAGAAAGACAAACGUUGGUGCACCUCGAACUGAUCUAUCUCCCUGUUGUUCUGAUCGAAUGUCAUUCUCUUGAAAGUCGCGAAAGGGAUUCUUCGUCCUCUGGAGUUGGUGUGGGUACAGUUCCUGCAAUUUUUGCUUUUCGGUGAAUGUUGGUCCGGAGGAGGGUGAUGAGCUGGAGGAGAGUGGCCCUGGCUCUUCAAGCUCUUGUGGCCCAUGGCUUGCUCUUCUCCUUCACGCUCUUGCUUGCACUCAAGCUUCAACAUGCUGUGCCUUACUCUUGGUGGAUCAUAUUUGCUCCUCUGUGGCUCUUUCAUCUAGUUGUAGCACGAGGCAGGUUUUCCUUACCUGCUCCUUCACUACCUCAUGAUCGCCACUGGGCACCCUGUCACGCUCUUAUGGCAAUGCCAUUGCUUGUUGCUUUUGAACUACUCCUUUGCAUACAUCUUGAGGGCAGCUAUGUCGUAAACUUGAAGACUGUCUUUCUGCCCUUGUUGACAUUUGAAAUAGCAAUUCUGAUCGAUAAUAUCAGGAUGUGUAGAGCUUUAAUGCCUGGAGAUGAAGAAAGCAUGAGUGAUGAGGCGAUAUGGGAGACUCUUCCUCACUUCUGGGUCGCAAUUUCUAUGGUCUUCUUUCUUGCUGCAACAACUUUCACUCUUCUAAAGAUAUGUGGUGACAUAGCUGCUCUAGGCUGGUGGGACUUAUUUAUAAACUUUGGCAUUGCAGAGUGCUUUGCCUUUCUUGUUUGCACAAAGUGGUAUAAUCCAACUAUUCAUAGGCACUCAAACAUUAGAGAAUCCUCUUCAUCUUCAAUGUGCAACCUGCAGGACAUUGGUGGACAUGUUAUGAAAGUUCCUUUUGUCACUUUCCAGAUCCUUCUUUUUAUGCGCUUAGAGGGAACACCAUCUGGUGCUAGGCAUAUCUCAUUUCCAGUUCUUUUUGCUCCUCUUUUUUUGUUGCAAGGAGCUGGGGUCUUAUUUGCUGCAUAUAGAUUGGUGGAGAAAAUUGUUCUUUUAGCGCAAAACGAAGUUGGCUCUGGAACAUACUCUGCUCUAUCGUCAAAAGCUCGUGAAUUUUUUGGAUUUUUGCACCAUGGAUCAAAGUUGCUUGGUUGGUGGUCGAUUGAUGAAGGAAGUCGAGAGGAACAGGCUAGACUUUAUAAUGCUGAGGUUUCUGGGUAUAACACUUUUGCACCUGAUAUUGUGAAGAAAAUGCCUAAACCAGAUCUUGUUGAGGAGAUCUGGAGAUUACAAGCUGCACUUAGUCAGCAAACAGAGAUUACAAAGUAUAGCGAGCAGGAGUAUGAAAGGCUUCAAAAUGAGAAGAUCCUAUGUAGAGUAUGCUUUGAGGAACAGAUUAAUGUGGUCCUUCUUCCAUGCCGGCACCACAUCCUUUGCAGCACAUGCUGUGAGAAGUGUAAAAAGUGCCCCAUCUGCCGUGUCUCUAUAGAAGAGCGAUUGCCUGUAUAUGAUGUGUAGUUUCAAGUCAGACAGGAAAGAGAAGGAUGCAAGAAGGUGUGUUCCCGGUUCAUUACCUAGGGGUUCCCCUUAUUACCAAAAGGUUGGCAGCAGCUGAUUGUGAAAGUCUUGUUGCUGAGAUCUCAGCUCAGAUGGACUCUUGGUCGGUCAAGAAUCUCACUUUUGUAGGAAGGUUUCAGUUGAUUAAUUCUGUCCUUAGCAGCUUCUAGGUUUACUGGUCUAGAAUUUUCAUUUUACCUAAGAAAGUUAUUCUUUAAAAAAGCAAACGUUGCUUGGAAUAAGGUGUGUGCUCCUAAGAAGGAAUGGGGUUUGGGCAUCAAGAAGUUGGAGGUUUGGAAUAAAGCCUCUUUGUUGAUUUACAUUUGGAAUCUGUUUGCUAAGGCAGGUUCCCUUUGGAUAGCAUGGGUGAAAGAUGUGUGGUUGAAAGGGAAGAAGAGCUUUUGGCAAAUCCCUCUUCCUCAAAACAUGCUCCUGGGGGUGGAAGAAAAUUCUAAAGCUACAUCCCAUUGCUAGAUCUUUUCUCAGUUAAAAGUUGGUGAUGGUUCUAGUAUUUUUUUUGUGGUAUGAUACUUGGCACCCUGCAGGAUGCCUUAUUGAGAGAUAUGGUUUCAAACCUAUCUAUGAUGCUGGACAUAGUAUUGGUCCUAUGCUGUCCUCCAUUAUUAGAAAUGGAGAGUGGUUUUGGAAGAGUGUCCGAUCGGAUAGUUCGGUUGAAAUACAAAGUCGGCUGCCUCCGCAAGUUAUGCUUAGGAGCGACUGUUUACCACCUCUGGAAACAGAGGAAUGACCUUUUGCGUUUGGACACUCCAAGUUCUGAAGAGGCCAUUGUUUCCAAGAUUAAAUGGCAAGUUCGAGUUAGGAUGCUGGCCAAAGGGUCUGUGAAGAUGGUUAGAAACAAUUUAGGCCUGGUUCAUGAUUGGAAUUUACGCAAUCUGGUCUAGACUGCUUGCGUUGUUUGGUUCUGUCGAGCUACUGCACUUUUUCCUUUUGCAUAACAGUGUUUGUUUCUGAUGUUUCUGUUAGUAGCUGCUCUGUUCUUGCAGUUUGAUGUUUAGGUGGGAUUGGUUGAUGCUAUCGAUCUGUGUAUAGCUUCUCUUAGUUUUGUUCCUGACUAGGGGGUUUGUCCCUAUGCAGGAGACUUUGUCCAGUUUUUCUGGAGUGUAUGUUUUCUUGAGUUUGUGCUUAUAAUAAGAGAUUUAAUUCA